AUGAAAUAAUAAUUUUUUUAAAUAUAACUCAAAUAAUCAUCACAAUAACCAUCAUGCAUUACUCUAGAAAAUUGGGUUGAUUAAUUAACAAACCCAAAUUUUAGAUAAAAUUUAAAAUAAUGUGAUGAACAAUAAGAGAUGAUGAACAUAUUCCCUAUAGUUGGUUAUGGGUUGUAAUUAAAGACUAAGAAAAAUUUAAAUGAUAUUAAAAUCAAAGUUUUAUCAAUCUCAUAAGUGGAAAAAAUUAUUGAUUUAUCUACAUUUAAUUAGCUUUCAAGAGAUAAACCUAAUUGCAUUUUACCAUUAUUAAAAAAAUAAGAAUAAAAUCAUGAUUUAUUGAGAUGUGAACUAUUUCAAAGGAAAAUCUCAUAAUUAAUAACGGAAAAUGAUCAAAUUUUUAUUGAGAAUUCUUAUUUACAUCUAAUUUAAAGUACUUUAAAAUAUUUGAUAACAAUUUAUGAGAAAUCAAUAUGGUAAAAAGAAAUCAUGGAAGAAAUACUUGAAGUUUGUGAGUAGGUAUUAUUUGAUACAAAAUUACAUAUAAAUCAAAUUUAAAACGAAGAAUUUUAAAAUUCAUAAUUUAAAUUACUAAACGUUUUUUGUUUAUUUUAAUAGAAUAAAAUUGAUCAAGAAGAGAUAUAUAACAAAUUUCUAUUACCAAAAAUAUUAAAAAAAACACAAUAUGAUUUAAAUGAUUAAAUGUAAAAUGGAUUAGGGGCAUUUUUUGAUUGUUUGAACUUAAGAGAAGAUUAAUUUAGUUUUGAAAAUAUAAAGGAAGAUAUAGAAAAAUAUAUAGAGGAGAAUAAUUAUUUCUAUCUUAAGAUUUUUUAUGGAAAAUAUUUAAGUAAAUUAAUUGAAUAUUUUCUGUGUAAAGAAUAAAUAAAUGAUAAAUUAAAAUAAAAGAUGUUUUUUAAAUUAAAAGAAAAUUAAAAAGAAAUUAAAUAAUUAAUAUCAUCUGGAUUGAUUUGCUAAUAAGAAGUUAAUAAAAUAUAAGAAUCAAAAACCUUAAUAGUAAAUUUUACACAAUCCACUAUACAUAAAUAUUUAUUGAAUAGACUUAUUAAAGAGGAAUAUAAUUUUGAACACACAAGCAAAUAUUUUAAAUCAUUAAACGAAGCUAUUUAAACAGAUAAUUACUAUGCACAUUUAUUAAGACAUGCAAAAUAUGACGAUUUAAUCUAAUUUUAUAAUAUCUACAAUUUAUUAAAUGAAUAAAAAUGUUCAUAUGAUAAUGGAUUAAAUUAAUUUUGUUUAUACAUUGAAAGAAAAUUAAUUAGAUAAAUAUCUAUAUAACAAUUAAGAAAAAAGGAUUAUAAAAGUUUUCAAGAAGUUAGAUAAUCUUAAGACAUUUAAGAAAAAAGUGAUACAAUUAUGAUAUAUAGUAAAUUAUUUGGAAUAAAUGGAUAAGAUGAAACAAAAAUUUAACAAAUAAUAUUAGACAGAAUCUCUGAAAUAUGUUGGAUAAAUUAUACAACUUAUAAAACUAAUUUUUAAGUAGAUGAGGAAGUCAUAAAUUUUAUAUAAAUGGUUAAAGAUUUUCCUCAAAAUAAUUUCGACUUAGAUAUUUAUUCGGAAUAUUUAAGUGAUGUAGCAAAAUUUUGUUAUAAAAUGAAAUCAUUAACAUAAACUUUUAAAUAUUUUGAUAAAUUUGAAAAAAAUGUAUACUAAAAUUUAUUACCAAAAGAUCCUUUUAAAGCAAAUAUCUUUAAGAAGAUUUUUUAACUUACAAAAAGAAUAAAAGAAAAUUAGUUUAACUUUUGA